ACUGCUUAAUCACCAACGAAAUUCAUUCUUAGGUACCUAGAGAGCUUGCCUGCCAGGCCUGCCUAAGGUACCUUAGGUAGCCCAUAUACUCUCCUCAACUUCGACCUUCAAUCUUAACAAAAGCUCCCUAUCUCACGUUCUUCUUUCACAGACAAGCCAAAGGAAAAACUCUAGCACUAUAAGAACGGCGCGCGUGGGCGUCCUUCGUUUUUGUCAAACACAAUCUCACCAACCUGGAUCAAAUGUCGCAUACCAGCCUAAGUUACAUUUCUAGCCAAGCCUGGUAUUUGUCUGUUUGAUUGAAACCACCGCGUCUACGAUUUCAUCCCAACGCGCGCAAACUGCCGCCCUUGGGCAUGUACAUUUCCUCAAAUACUUUAAUUCUAUCUGCUUUCAACGCGUUGAGCACCCGAUUCCUCCACACAGCUCUCUUCCACUCAAAUCGAUCCGAAGGACCGGCUCUGAAGAAUCCAAACAAAAUCCUGAGACAUGACGGAGAUCGAAAUGGACAUUGAUAUGGCCAAGCCAAUCUUGGACAGUAAAGUCGAAGACGAUCUCAUCGACUUCGAUACCGACAUGGUUGAUUCCGAUCAUGACCUGCGAAAGAACGACGACAACUUGGAGAGCAUGGAUAGAGAAAUGCAAGAAGGCGAGGACGCUGCGAAUCAGGAAGCCUACGAGACGAACGGUAUCACGGGCGAAGAUGUAGACUUUGACCUACAUGAUGUCGAAGAUACUGCAAACAGUCCCGAACAUGUGGAUUAUGAAGUGACCGAGGCUCCUGAGCUUGGGACUCAGGGAUCGAUACAAACAGCUCAGCCACCCGACGAAGACGUGCAAGAAAGUGGAGAGAAUGUAGAAAUUUUGGAUGAAAUAAUCGUUCGUGGCGAUGCAGUGUCUGACGAUCAUGCAUCUGCGCACGAGAUUGAUUAUGAAUUUGAGGAUAAUGCUGAACCAGAAGACUCGCAUCAAGAUGAGAAAACUGCUGCCGCAAGCCCUGCAACAAGGUCUGAUCUAAACGGAGCAGCCGGUACUGCUGAAGAGCAACAUGACCAACAACCUGAGAAUGAUGCUACUGCAAGCGGACAAGAGUUAUCCGGCCACACUGGAGACGAGAAUAAUAUGCCAAGCCACAAUGAUCAAAAUGAGCCUCGCGAUCUAAAGGAGGAAGAAGAGGAAGAAGAAGCAGAGCCCGAUUAUGAGGUUACGGCUGUUGAAGCUGAAGCCGAGGAUGCGAAGGCAGAUGAGUAUAGUGGUGAAAAUAUUCACGCAUCCGGUGGCAACGACGAAAUAUACGAUGGAAAAGAUGCGAAUAGUCGUGAAGAAACCACUACCUUGGCAAUAGGGCAAAAUGACGAAAUAACCGAAGCUGUCGAGGAAGUUGAAGAUCACGAUUAUGACGUGGGUGAACAUGUCGCAGAUGCAUAUGAGGAGCACGCCACCACUGAUGCGGAUCAUGUGGAUUACUCAGUUACUGGAGAAGAUUCAAAUGGGAAGAUAGAUGAGGGCUUUCCUGCUAUAACGGUACAGUAUAAAGGAGAUGAAUUUCCUAUGUUCUCUACCACCACCCAUGGUUUCUUUGCCGAUACUUCGGUUCUUGAUGAGCCACUUGAGAAGUUCAUUGCCGGUCUUCGGAGUGAGCUUGAAAAUGAGAUUGCCGAGGAUGAUGAUUUGGUACUCCAGGUCGAUGAGCUUGGCCUUGAACUUGUUGAGACAACCCAAGGCGAGACCAUGUCGAACGUGACACUCCGUCAGAUUCUUGAAAUUUUCGACCUUCUUGUCAAGAACCAGGACCCAGAUGGCUCACGCCCGCUGUAUGCCUACCUUUUUACCAAACCCAAUGCAGAAAAGCGCUUUGAGUAUCUCGUUGAGAGUGCUACGGCAGGGAAGGGGCUUGAUGAAGUUAUCCAUCUCUUCGAGACUCCCAUGACUGCUGGAACUAGUAUGCUGGAAACAGCUGCAACUAUCGAUGGCGUUCAUGACGAACUGGACGAGUUCGACAGCCCAAUUGAUGACGAACAUCACAGCGGCAUAGAUGAAGCAGAAAAUGAGGAUGAAUAUCUGGAAGACGAGCAUGCGAACCCUAAUGCCAUUGGUUCCGAGGGUCAAGAGUUCAAAGACCAGGAAGUCGAUGGCCAGCAGGCCAGUAACCAGGAUGGCCAUGAUGAAGACGAGCGAGACAAUAUCAACGUUGCAACCGAAACUCAGAUUGAGAUAUCAGUUAAUGCUCCUGCUGUUGGUUCGGAGGACCCGGAGGCUGUCGAUGAGGACGGCCUUGAGCAAAAUGCACGAGCUGACAGCGAGAUUGACCCAUUUGCCAACUUCGAAUUAGACGAGGAAGCCGAGUUCAAUGGAGACAUCGCCCUUGAAGAGAAUACAGAGGCCCAAGAUGAGGUCAACGCUGAUGCCGAGCCAGAACCACUCCAUGCACAAACUCAUGACACGAGCACUACAACUACUCUUCAAGAGGAGGAGGAAGCGUCCUCUUUCAACGUUGACCUCGGAGAGGCUUCUGCAACAGAAGAGACAGCCGAGAAACGGAAGACUGAUGAUGACGACCUGGACGAAAUCGACUGGAGAGAUGAGCAUGAACCAGAAGACCAAGCACCAAGCACUCCUUCGGCUGCUGGGAAACGACCCCGUGGUGAUGACGAUGAUGGAAAUGCAGAGGAUGAGCAAGAUGCCAAGCGCCGUCGUCCCUGAAUGAUUUCGCCUCCAAACUAACUGCAACAUUCUCCAAUAUCGACAAGCAACCCCCUCUUCAAUAACUAAUUCAACAGCUGCGGGUAAUAUGAUGCCCAGUGGCUAUCUGAACUCGGCAGUCAGGUCCUUGACCUUUGUCGUUGUUCUCAACGCUAUUGUCGCAGAAGUUUUCCUGGUGGUAAGAAUGCAACAUGUUCUGAACGACACAAUAUGGGUCACAGACACCCAUCAUACCAGCGGAUUCUGGGUAGGUAAGAAAUGAAUCCACAUCUACUAAUUUUAUAGGGCAAAGAAAGAUCUUAUGCAUUUCUGCAUUUUUCAUGAGGUUGAGCUUGAUUCCGGCUACCGACAACAUGGCCGUUUGUUUGUUUUGUUCCAUACUCGAUUGUUGACGCAAGUGUCGAUACCCUUUCCACUUUCAAAAUAAUAAUAUAAGAACAAAAUGCACGAUCCUGGUUGGUAAGAGGACAGAUCGAUUAACUCUGGUUCUGUAUGAUACGAUAUGGUUCGUGGGAUGGAAUGAGGCGUUGGCGGCUGGACCGGAGGGAAAACUCAAAGCUGUGAACGGUGCUUGGAGUUGAAGAUAUAGUGAAGCGUGGGAGAUAGUUGAGACGGACAGCAUUUCUGAUGUGGAUCUAUACUCUACCUACGCUUUAGUCGGGGGUUACUUAUAGCAAACAAUAUGUGCCUUCUAGACUACUGGGGUUAGGUGGCCAUUGAAGGUGUAGGGUCCUGGGGAGCCUUUAGCAGAUUUGCUUGAUGAGAACACUACCUAUCUUGAGAUCUGGUCGCUAAGAUUCUAUAAAUAACGUGAUCUGGGUUAUCGUGGUAAUCAUGGUGAAGGGGUUUUGGCCAGAUCGUCAUCACCAAACAGAAACAAAAGGUCGAAACGCUUUAGUGAUGAGCAUUGAUCCCUUGACUUGUUUCCAGC